GUCGCUGUUAUCGAUAGAUACACUGUCUUGUUGAAGGAUGGUGAGACAACUGCUACCAUUUAUCCCAUCCAUACGACAAAUGAACUUCCACCAGGAUUGCUUGCGUUUUUAUGUGACGAGUUCAAUAUGGAAAUUGAAAGAGGUGAGACUUCCAGCUUUUUUGAUACUCUUCAUAUUGAGCAGUUCCAAAAUUAUUGGUUUGGAGCUUUCGCUGCCGUAAUGGUGUUAGGAGAUUCUCCGGCUCUAGAGGGUUCUAGACAAUGGGAAAAGGAGUGUUUGGGUACCUUUUUCAUCAAGCCCAACUAUCCAGGCCGGUGUUCACACAUUUGCACGGGAAACUUCUUGGUUAAUGCUGGGAUUCGUGGCAAAGGCAUUGGUAGAACGCUCACAGACUGCUAUUUGCAAUGGGCACCUAGACUCGGAUACACCUAUUCUAUAUUUAACUUAGUUUUUGAAACGAAUGUGGCAGCUCGUAGCAUUUGGGAGUCACUUAAUUUCAAGAGAAUCGGCCGUGUCAAGCUGGCUGGUAUUCUUAAGGGUCAUGAACAGGCUGUGGAUGCCAUUAUGUAUGGAAGAGAAUUGAUCAACACCUCGGAUCCCGCCGUUGGUGCUUAUCGGUUUGACAAGAUCAAGUUCUACUUGGAAACUGGCAGAUAUCCAGCGAUGGCUGAUCGUCAGGAGAAGUCUCGAUUACGUUCCUCGGCUUCCCAUUAUCGAUUGGAGAAUGGAAAGUUGAUGCUUAAGGGUCGAGAAGUUGUGAGUAAUCCUGUAAGACAGUUACAGAUCUGCACCGAAGUCCACUUGUCGAACCACGGAGGCAUCAACAAGACAACAUCCAUUGUGACAGAGAAGUACCACUGGACAAGAAUAAAAGACACUGUAGCCACUGCCAUUAAGAAUUGUGCCGAAUGCAGAGAUCCUUCUCGCGAC